UGAUCUCAAUUAUUAUUUCUCAUAACCAAACUUGCUCUCACUGGUUUUCUACUUUUCUUGAAUCUUUGAUAUAUCUUUAUAUAUAUUUUCAAGAUUAUAGAAACACACACACACAGUGUGUGAAUUCUGAUCAUUUCUUUAUUGCAUUAUUUGACUUAUCAAACUUUGAUAAAAGUCAAAGAAACACAAGUCCCACUUAUGAAUUCCUCAAUCAUGAUACAAUAUUUAAGUUUACAUGCCUAACACACUACCAAAAACUAAAUGGGUAGCUCCAGAUUUCUGGGAUUAUACAUCACAAUAUGCGUAUUAGCUUUCGUUAUCUCCAAGAUCACAAUCGCGGUCUUAUGUUAUCGUCGAUGGCAACGAAAGCAGUUGGUGAUUCAAGAUAGGUUUUCCGAUGGAAAGUUGGUGUUGUUUAGAUCACCGAAGAUGAAGUCUCUAAAACCGAACAGUUUCUUGAAAAAGACGAUGAAAUUGACUAGUAAAGAUAGAAUUGGAUCUGGAGGGUAUGGGACGGUUUAUAGGUUGACGAUAAAUGAGUCGACGUCUUUUGCUGUCAAGAAGCUAAGAAGAGAAACCACAGAGCAAGACCGUGGUUUCGAGAGAGAGUUGGAGUCAAUGGGUGAUAUAAAGCAUCGGAAUAUAGUUACGCUUCAUGGUUAUUACACCGCGCCUAAUUUUAAUUUGCUGAUUUAUGAGUUGAUGCCUAAUGGAAGCUUGGAUACACUACUUCAUGGAAGAAGAAUGGACAAAGUGCUAGAUUGGGAUGCAAGAUACAAAAUUGCGGUAGGUGCUGCGAGGGGACUAUCGUAUCUUCAUCACGAUUGCGUUCCUCAUAUAAUUCAUCGAGAUAUCAAGUCGAGCAAUAUUUUAUUGGAUCAUAAUAUGGAGGCCCGUGUUUCGGAUUUUGGGUUAGCGACACUCAUGGAGCAAGAUAACACACAUGUAUCCACUUUAGUAGCCGGGACUUUCGGUUACUUAGCCCCUGAGUAUUUCGACACGGGAAGAGCAACAACAAAAGGGGAUGUAUAUAGUUUUGGCGUAGUUUUACUUGAGCUCUUAACGGGUAGAAAACCGUCGGAUGAAGCGUUUGUCGAGGAGGGAACAAAGCUUGUAACAUGGGUGAAAACAGUUGUUCAAGAUAAGAAGGAAGAACAUUAUGUUGAUGACCGAUUAGGGUGUAACCGUAUGGAUGAGAUUAAUCAUGCCUUUAUUAUAGCGUUAAUGUGCCUAGAAACAGAUCCAUUGAAAAGACCAAACAUGUUAGAAGUUCUAAAGAUGCUUGAAGAGAUCAAACCGGAUCACCUUGGUCACAACUCGCAAUCUUUUACUUAAAGAAUUUACGAGCAAAAGUUGUAAUCGCGUUUAUUGAAGAAAGCUUAAAAGAGUUGUUGCUAAUGGAUUGCUGACU